GCGGAAUCUGUAGUCGGCAAACUUAUGUGAUUGUUGGUCACGUUUCAGUUUUCGAUUUUACAUUUUCAUCGAAAGUGGCAUAAAAAGCAUUACCGGCAGGAAAAAGUGCAUUUAGUACCUGAAGUGAAAUAUCAGUUGUACCACUUUAUCUUUUACACCCCUACUCAUUCUCAUUUAUUUUUCAUCCCCAUUGAAUUCCACGAAAAGAGAUUGUCUUCGAAAGCUAGCGUGGGAUUAGGCAUGGGUGUUUUUAAAGUGCUGUGUGUUUAUGAAGAAUACCUAAAAAGAAGUUAAAUAAUAAAAGACUCCUUAUACAUUCUGUUUCAUUAGGACCUCCCGUUCUUGUCUUCUGAAUUUAUUCGUCUUAGUCCUUCUAAAUUUUCCAUUCCACCCUAACGUUUGUCGCUAAGGUAUAGCUCUUCCGGCUGAGUGCCCCAUCAUCAGUGUCACCGAAAGGCAAACAUGGAAUUAAUGUAAAAUAACUCAUGUAAAUAAUUAAUGUGAGUGACGCAUAAAAAAUUGGACAUUACGUAAAGUGCGACGAUUCGAACGUAGAGAGAGAUAUUUGUGCCCAAAUGACCACCCCUUUGGUCCCAUGGUGAAAAAAUUACAACAAAAGAGCGGAAGGGUAGAAGAAGCUACAUACAUACAUAUAAAAAAAUCCAAUGAUUUCCAUGUGUGAUGUGAUGUUUUACCGCUUGAGUGUCCCACUAUGGAUUGGUUGGAGAAUUCCGUUUGUGCUUUUUGGCCUGGUGAGCAAAUGAAAGUGAAAAAUGACUUGGAUUCUCUGUCAUCGCGCUGUGACGGUUGUUUUUGAUUUGUGACACUGUGGGGGUGCUAUACCCCACGCCAAAAAUCGCACCCACAGAAAGCUCGCUGGUAAAAAAAACGAGUUGUUUUUUUCUGUUAUAGAAGGUGUAUAAAGUGUUAAUAAUGUGCAGAGUUUUUUGAUGAUAGAAAUCAGACAAAAUGGCAUUUCUCACAGAGUGUUUAUCGGCUUAUUGAGCAAGUUAUCAGGAGCCAGCAUCUAACAUCCUUUCUUCGUGCCGUCAAUUAGACUGCUCGAGUGAUUUCGACUGUACGCACGCUGAGGAAAAGAAAUGGAUGGACGCCGAGGGCCACACGUUUUCAUCAUAUCCAUAUCGAUGAUCUAUUGGCUCAAGUCAUCGGAUGCGUGGAAAUUGGACACGAGAGAUAUGCAGCUGUACACAAGCCAGGAUAUCCUGUACUCGUGCCCCCUCAACCCCAUGUGCCAGUGCGCAAGUCUGCCCAACGAGACCUCUUUAUUUCAAAUUAAUUGCAAUGAGGUUUCACUCUAUAAAUUUCCUGUCUUUCUGCACAACAGUGUCCGCCACAUUCAAAUCUCUCAGACACAUCUGCAGAGCGUUGACGAGGAAACUUUUCAGGGCUUACGACUGGAAUCACUGAAGCUUGUCAACAACGAUAUUCAUGAAAUCUUGGAAAAAAGUUUCAAUUCGAUGACACAUUCUCUAAUAACACUGGACAUGUCGGGCAAUUCAUUACACUCGCUGUGCCUGGAGGCCCUGCACAACAUCCAGACGCUGACUCGCUUGGUGGCACAGCGGAACCACAUUGAGGAACUCAAUGGCAAUUGGGGUAGCUUGACGGAAUCACUGCGAAGUCUGCAUAUCUCGGGCAAUUCAAUAACUGAACUUUCGUCACCAUACGAUGAACGAAAAAUCAAUAAUGGCACUCAAUCGCAACUGAGCGCCAUUUCGAAAACAUUUGCCAAAUUACGAAAGCUGGUAUGGCUGAACCUUGGGGAGAAUCGACUUUCCUACGUUGGACCCAAUUCUCUGCCACGAUCUCUUGUUACAUGUGACUUUUCCCGAAAUGUCCUUACGGAACUUCCAGUAGUUGCAUUUGAGCAUCUUCAUGACAUCAAGAUUAUAUCUGCAAAAGACAACCUCAUAGUCAGCAUAAAUGGAGUGCAGUUUGUUAAUAGGCUGCAUCUAGAAAAGUUAGAUCUAAGCUUCAACGAAUUGACGCACAUCCCUAGCCAAAUGCUUAACAGCACUAUUCGGUCGAAAGCUAUCAAUUUAGAAAAUAACUUCCUCGUGAACCUACCACCUAAUGCCUUUCAAGGCACUUCCGCCAUGCAUAUUGUUCUCGCUUUUAACAGGAUAGCCUUCGCAGAUGCAAUGGCAUUUUCCGGUAUUGAGAACACCCUUGAGUACCUGGAUCUGGAACGCAACCACCUAAGCAAUGUGUUCGAGGGACUCGAAAACCUCAAUCGUAUUCGAUAUCUCUACUUGACAGCCAAUGAAAUCAACCACAUACCGCAUUUACCAUCAACACUUAAAGUUCUUUCCCUCAGUAGUAACAAUUUCACGACCAUACCUACUGAAGCACUUCAGAAUUGCACAGAACUCUCCUACCUCAAUAUGGGCUACAAUAAAAUCUCAGACUUACCGGAAAACGGAUUUAUUUCUUGGGGUGCUGAACUACAAACACUCCUACUGCGGAACAAUAAGAUCACAAUGCUGAAUUACGGAUCAUUUAAUGGAUUGGAAUCCAUCAAGGAGAUAAGUUUGAGUUUCAAUGACAUUCACUAUGUACAUCCCAGUGCGUUCGUCAACAUAUCGAAAACUCUCAAAAUUCUGGAAUUAUCCUUUGGCAUCUACCGCGAGGAUAUACCUCUUGAAGCUCUGAAUCCACUCACUGAGCUUAUGUGGCUAGGUUUGGAUAACAACAAUCUCAAACUCAUUCCUGAUGAUUCAUUAAUUUCGCUCAAAGAGCUCACCUUCAUCAACAUCGCCUACAAUCGUAUUACUGUCCUUCCACGCACAAUCUUCGUCCCGGAGAUUCAUAAAAACUUAAUGGAUAUCGAUGCAUCAUACAAUGUAAUCGAACGACUCUUCACCAACACUUUUGAUGAACUCAUCAUGCUGCAAUUUGUCAAUUUAGCAUCUAACAACAUUCGUCAUCUUGAGCGACACUGCUUUCACAAUCUCCCAUUCCUCACCUACAUUGAUCUCUCCUACAACAGCCUGAGGAAUGUCACCGAGGCUGCCUUCGCCUUCUUGCCAAAUCUUUUAGCGUUAGAUCUUAUGUUUAAUAGUCUUGUUUCAUUCUCAUUGAAAACAUUUCGGCACGUUUCAAACUCCAGCACACCGAUGCGGCUCAAUAUUAGCCACAAUGAGGUUGCAGUAUUUGAAGGGGAGCUCAGCUCCUAUCUAUAUGUACAUACAUUAGAUGCUAGCUAUAAUUUUCUUUCGGAACCCGGGGUGUUCCAUAACCUGGGUCCAAGUCUGAGGAAACUCUACCUCCAACACAACAACAUCUCCUUCCUCACGAACCAUGCAUUCGGGGAUCUGGAAGUGUUGGACUGUCUCAAUUUGUCCAGCAACAACAUCAGUACCCUCCGUAGGAGAAGUUUUCAAGGAUUAAUGAAUCUGCAAGAGUUAGAUCUCAGCGAUAAUCGUAUUGAGCAACUUCAGUUUGAGCAAUUUGGUUUUCUAAAAAAGCUACGAAUGCUAAAUCUACGCAACAACCGCCUCAAGUCUCUUCCUAGGGAUGCAUUCAUAAAUACGAGAAUUGAAUACUUGGAUAUGUCUGAGAAUUUCCUUGGUCUAUGGCCGGCUACAGCUUUUUCAGACAUUGGCUUUACAUUGCGGUCCAUACGUCUUGACGGGAAUCAGAUAGAGUACUUAGAUGCUACUAUGUUUAGUAACACAAAUUUCCUUCUUGAACUGAGAUUAGCGCACAAUCGCAUCACCGUACUGCCAGAUAAUACAUUCAGUCACCUGCCUAAUCUCACCACACUUGACAUCAGCUUCAACCCACUUGUUUCUACGAAUUUCAAAGAGCUGCUUCUCUACUUACCUAGUCUUCGGAGACUAAAUCUCCGGUACACGGGGCUCUACAACCUGCCGCCUAUGGUGGCCCAAUCUAGACUAACUGAAUUGGACAUAAGUCAGAAUCACAUACAGGAUAUGUCUUCACUGAGGGAUGCACCACGGUUACGGGUUUUGUAUGUAUCCUACAAUAAAAUAGUCAAUUUAACCCACUUCGGGCGGUGUGUGCCCCAAAGAUUGCGUGUCCUAGAUCUUUCUGGGAACCCCAUACGGAAAGUAACAGCACAUGACUUCGCUCAAAUACGCUUUAUUGAUGAACUAUCAAUCGAAGGCGUCAAACUACCUGCGGAUGCUUUUGCACUACUGCGAAAUCUCCGUGUCCUCCGUGCCACGUCCCAGUACCAUCUUGGGGAGAUUAUCUCCCGCACGAGAACAAUCCGGGAACUACAUGUCACCGUCCUUGAGGAGCACAUCCACGAGCGCUUAUUUGAGAAAGCGCUAAAUGCUACGAAAAUUAAUCUCCUCGACAUUACGGGGCCACGUGCCAAGACAAUCUCACCGAAUGCCUUCAAUGGCUUCGCCCGCAGUCAGGAUCUUACUGUGCGAUUGCGGAAUACUCUUAUCAAUGAUUUGCCACCUGGGCUUUUUUACGGCCUUAAGCAUGUGCCCCGCCUCAAAAUUGACAUCUCAGACAAUCUUCUGGCCACACUGUCGCCGGAUACUUUCUAUCCCAACGCCAGCGCCUGGGAUGCUGUGGGAACCCGCAGUAUUAUCGGUGGACUUGAUGUGUCCGGAAAUCCACUUCAGUGCGAUUGUGGACUUGUGUGGCUUGGUCAUUGGCUACGGAGAUGGUUGAGGGAGACUGUCCAAAUUCAUUUGGUUACAAAGGAUGAACAGCAAAUUAUGUCCAGACAAGCGAGAGGGAACACUUGCCUGGAUCCGAUAAGUGGUAAGAAAUUGACUUUCUUGGAGAUCUUCCCCGAGGACUUACUGUGCCACGCCAGUGCACUCAGUAGCUUCGCCCAUCGAUUCGCCGACCGAGAUCCACAGAGACAUUUAUUUAGUCUGCACACCUUUCCUGCCCUUCUGCUCAUAAUCUAUUUUUUAAUACUGUAAGACAAAAACUGUGAGUAUACAGAGCAAGAAGAUCCAUGCUGGAGGAAAUUGACUUAAUUAGCAAAUACCCAAUAAUUAUAUACAUAGGUUUUUUUUACCAUGACUCCCAUGAGGAGAAGCGAGUGAUUGUGUACAUAGGCAAGUGAAUAUAGGAUAAAUUAAUUGGGCAGUUUUUUUCACCAAAUGGCCCAAUAUUUGUAUAUAUAUACAUAUAUAAUAGGUAAAAAAAAGAGUGGAAAACACACAAAGAGGAAAAAUUUAUUAAUAAGGGGACGGCUGUAAUUUUUUUUCUGUGUUGAACUGAAGAUAAGGAGAGGGUGAAGGAAGGGUCCUCCGUAAUGAAAAAUCCACACUUCAUACUUUGUAAUUUAAAUUUAUUUUUUUCCUGCCACCACAGUAAAUCGCAUGGUAUGGAUAAAAUAUCCCUCAUACCAUCACACCGUGUAUAAGACGUUCCAGUUGAUGUGCCCUUUUUUCUCACAGAACGUUUCACACAGAGCCAAAGGACUGUACCGAAAAAAAGAGGCUUUGAGGUUUUCUUUGCUUGAGACCCUACCCUCAGGGCCAGCAGGGAUGAAUACACGAAAAAAUAAGCUUUUCAUAUCAACUGGUAAUCCGGGGGAAAAGAUAUUCAUUUUCAUAAAUCAAUAAAAACUAGAUGGGCAAAAGUAAACAUGCUCAGUGACUGAAAGAAUAAAUAAAUAUAUCCCAAAUAUUUGAAAUUGAAAUGGUAUAUUUUUAAAGCUUCAAAAUUAUUUUAAUUAAAUUAAUUCAACAGAUGGUUUGGACGCGAAGCUUAAUUAAUUUCUGAUGCGGGAACGUAUAAAUAGAAAUUUUUCAUAUAUUAAUUUUCCAUCAAAAACCACCUUAAUUUAUGCAUUUGUCUUAAAGUUUUAUCCGCUCUUUCACCCUCAGAUGCUCUCCUCAAUAUUUUGUUAUGAGAUUAAUUAAAAUGCGUUAGCACAUGGUGUGGUGGAAAAAUAAUCAUCGUACCGAAAUACGCAAAUGCGAAGAUUUGAGACGCCAACACAAACCUGCACUUGGGAGUUAUUAGUCGACGAAGGGUAGUAUUGUAAUUCCCACGUGUGUUCGGGGAUGGAAGACUCGCAAGUGUGUGGAGGGUGGGGGUUGUUGGGUGCAAAAGUUGCUGUGAAGAAAAAAAAAACUCAAGAAGGGGGCGUGAACGAGACGCUAUAAAGAAGCCAUACACCAUAAUUGGAAAGCAUGACGAAAAAUCAACAUCUCCGUCUCAUCAGUCAUAUUUACCUUCCGCACACACAUCCGUGGUCUCUUGAGAAUCUACCGCACAAUUUUCUCACUGAUUUUUCACUUUUUUUUUCUUCCCACUUCAUUCACCAUCAUCGCACUUUUCACUGCUGCGCACUCAGACAAAUCAAUGCGAGUUGUGAGUGGAAUAAUUUACACUCAAAGAUUCAAAAUAUUAUAGAAGAUUUUUUUUUAAAUCUGAAGAGUAAAAAAGCUGUGUCUGAAAGAAACACAGCUAAAAUACAAUGAAAUCUUGCAAUAGGAUUUUUUAAAGAGGUCAAAUCUUAUCUAAAAUUAAAUGAUUACUUGAUUUCAAUUUAACAACAAAUGAUUUUUGAAACAUUUUUGACCUUAGAGUUUUACCUUUGAAUGCCCUCACGGGUUAAUUUUAUAUCAUCACAAUAGAAUGCUUUUGUAAAUAAUGAUUACUUUCUCAUUUUUUUUACGUCAGCCUUUUUUUUCAGAGUGCAAAAUCACUGCAUGAAGUUGAACACUCAAUGAAUUCACAUGGAAAUAUUCUUUGACAACCAUUCUCAUUUUUCAUCGCCCCGCGACGUCUCUUGAUCGCAAUCACGCUCAUUCGUUAAAUAUUUCCACGCUGAUUGAUGGGAAUAAAUAGAAAAUCGGCGUCUCCUUUUUCCGCCAAAACUUCUCUUGUGUUCACCCCCUACUCUAUUUAGGAAAAUUUUCCCAUAACCAUCGUCUCAAAAAUUGUCAUGCGGAUUUCUCUUGUAUACUUAAAUGGGAAAUCAUAUUGUGAAUUGCACCCCAUACCUCCGUUCUCUCGCCAAUUGAGCCACUUUCCUCACAGCCAUCGCCAGUUCCUUUUAUUUCUCCAAUGUAAGAACACCCAACAUCAAGUAAAGUAUUGUGUGUGAUUUAUUCACAAUUUGCGUGCAAAUCUCUUUGCCCUUUUCUAUGGUAAAACAUAUCGCUUCGAUAUUUUUAUUUUAUUUCACCUAUUUUUCUUCAUUUUGCCUCUCGUGGUGCUUACCGGCAUGUUUCGCUUAAGGUUCCCAAACGCCUUCAACCCCUUCAUGACAACUCACUCUUUGUUGGGGAGAAAAAAUUGUUUGCGCCUCUGAGAAAUUGGUGUUUGGGGCGAGGGGAGAAGAUCUCAAAGCUCCGUACCGUAUAUUACUAAUUGCCACAACAAUUAUAUUGUAAAAUGUUCAUUUUCGCAUAUUUUUUUAUGCUGACCUCCCCUUUUGGGCCUGCUUAAGACGCUGGCACGUCAGUUUUAUGCGCUAAAGAGGCUAAAGAGAAAGAAAUUUCCAUGAGUUUAAGACCGAAUUCUCACCCUAUGUAGCAGGGUGAAAAAUGUAAAUUUCAUUAAUUAUCAUUAAUCUUUUUAUAUUUAAUUAAAAUCCAAAUGCUGGCGAUAAGCGAGGAAAAUGAGAGUCAAAAUACAGAAGCUUGGUAUGAAUUCGCGAAAAAUGUCGAUUCACGUUCUAUUGCUGAGAGUUAUUCCGAAAAGUCUCUGUCUCUCUGGUUUCAAUGAAAUAUGCUCUGCUGAGCUUUUUUUUAGAGCUUUUUCUCAACUCAUGGAUCAAUUACCUUGAUAUUCUAUAUUAACUCAGCUUUGAUUCACGGAUUCUUUUUCCUGCAGAAAAGUGAAGAAUAAAAUUUCAAAUGAAUGGUGAGGAAAUAGAAUUGGCAAUGAUUGGAUUUUCUGCAAUCAUUUCAAUUUUUUGAAUGAAGAUUAGAUUAAUUUAUAAAAUAGAUAUAAAAUAUGAAAAUAGCAUUUAAAGCUUAUCUCGACAUUUCAUCAAAUCGACAUAAAUUCGAAAUGCUUUUGAAUAGAGAUUUUCUCAUGAAAGAUUUUACCCAAAAUCAAAGAAAAUCCCCGAUAUAAUGCCAAAAAUAUGUCAAUACGUUUAACUGCAGAAAUGUGACCAAUAAAAAUGCAAUAAAGUGUUAUUAAAGUCUUUUUCCUUGGAAUUUGCCUGGGCUUUCGCUCCAGUUGACAUCAUUAAAGCUUUAUUUAUUGUGAAAGCUCCAUCUGAUUCCGUUCAAAAAUCAUUUUGUUGUGCUUUUCGUAACAGAGAAAAAUGGUUUAUUAAAUUGCGUGCUUUUUUAAACCCUUCAUGACAUCUCUUUUUUCCAUUUUCAUCCAUAUAAAAGCUCCCUCUUUUACCGCGUAUGAUUAUUGCAGGAAAAUAGAGCCACAAUCUCUGGAUAUAUUUACGAUAAGCAAUUUCUAUUAAAUUUUAUACGAAUAUUAAAUUGUCGGGAAUAGCCAUUCGUGUCACCGCGAGUUGAAAAGGUUCACACAAGGCAUGAGAGUUAUGUGGAGUAUAUAUAUGUACAUGGAUUUACAGUAAAACAUACACGCGAAUGCAAAAUCCCCGUAUCGAUAAGUGAUGCGGCAUAAAAGGCAAAUUCGUUAUUCAAAUGACGAAUAUUCCAUUUUCUAAAUUACAUUCUUUAACAGUUUUGGGUUGUUCGCUGAUACGAGAACAAUUCGCAUAAAGGAUGUCGUAAAUUUGACAUUUUCAAAUCAAAAUUUAUUUUUCCCUCCCAGGAAAAGCUAUGCUCUUUUUGUUUCCAAGGUAAAAUUUUUCCUAAACUCUGCUUACAAUUUUCAACUAAGUAAUUUCCAUGAAAGCUUUCAUAUUAUUAAUAAAUAAGCAUUUAGAAUUUCUUUUUGUUUAAAUCCGCGAUUUGUUUUAGGAUUUUUUUCUUUUACAAAUAAAUUUUCAUACUAGCUCAAUGAUAGCCUACGGGAGUCAGAAGCUUUUGGAAAAUGAAAAUAAAAAUUUGUAUUUUAUUUAAAUAAAAAUUGAAUUAUACAAAAUGAUUUCGCAAUAUACCAUAUUAAUAUAAUAUUUUCCAAUUAUUAAAUGAAAAUCAGUUUAAUGAAUUAAUUUCAUGAGAGAAGCAAUGAGAUUUUUUUAAUUAUGUCAUUUUACAAUAUGAUGUAUUUUCAUCCAAUUGUAAACAAGAUGGAAAUUGGUAUAAGCAGAAAAAAAGGUUAUACAGAAGUUCAUUGCAGUUGGUCAUGUUAACGUAAUUUUUCGCAUGAACCGGUAAACAGAAAUAUUAUACGAUUUUAUGUGAAUUUUAAAUCAUAAUUAUACAAAUUGACAUGUAAAUAGAGACUUGGGGUCGGUGGGGCACAAAAAAGAGCACGCCUGGGUAGGAAAUGGCGAACGGGAGAAAACAGACGUAUUUUUUACGUUUAAUUUAAUUGACCCAAAUUUACCGUGCCAUACAAUUCAAAUAUAAAUGCAGAGAGGAGCAAGUUUCCAUGUACAACACAUAUAAUAUCAUUUCAGUGGAAUUUCCCAUCAGAGAUGUGUAAAUAAAUAUUAAAAUUUAUUUUGCCAACUUUUUUUUUCUGUGGCCCCAGAGUGCGUACAUAAACUUCUAUGUAGUCUCAUAUUCUAAUUUCUACCGGGUUCUUCCGGCAUCUGGGUGUUCUGCUGAAGAGAAUGAAAGGCACAGUGAAGCUGGGGGGGAUGGGAGGAUUUUUUUUUGGUAACAAAAUUCAAAUGAGAUCAUUAUUACAAUUAUUGCUGACAUUUUGAAAAUCAUACAGGAGGGAAUUUUCAUCAAAAUAAACACAUUGCGGAGGCGGAAUUGGGGGUGGAAGAAAAUAAAAUUGAGGGAAUGUGAUAAAAUGCUUUAUUUGUUGACGAGAGAAUAUGACAAAAAAUAUUUUUAUUUGUAAGCACGUCACGUCAAAGAAGUGUUUUAGAGAGAUCAAAUUAUAUGCAGAAUAAAUUGAGGAAGGUGAUACUUUGGAUGAAAUGGAUAUAUAAAAAAUGGAAUAAGACACAGAAUUCACGCAUGAAAAUGUUUAAGAAUAAAUACGAUUUAGUCCCUAUUUUUUUUUUCUCUGGAAAAUUUUCAAUUUUUCCCCUCAAAAAAAAAAUGUCACGGAUAAUAUAAUCCAAAUUCCAUCCAAAAUUUUCACCUUUUCAAUGACAAGGAAAAAGCUGUGUGUGAUUAAUAAUAAAUAAUAUCUUUGAAAAAUCAUGAUAAAAUGAGAAAGAUAGUAUCAUUAUGUAGUAGGCACAAAUCUGCGAUACUUUAGAUAUGCAAUAUCAUUAAUUUUAGGAAGAAUUACCGUAGAAUGAGAGCACAUGACAUUUCAAACAAAAUUUUAGAUGAGAAUGCGAACUGUGCAGCACAACCCCUCUGUAAAGUAAAUUUCAUAUAGUGAAGGCGUGCAAAGGAGUAUAAACUGUAAAUACAAAUUACAUAAUUAAGUCUCAAAUAUAGAUGAUAAAGAUUAAGGUUGAAUAAAUAUAGAAUGAAGGUUAAUUGUAAAUUUAUCUGUGACAUUUUGUGAAUGAGAUUCAAUGAAUAAAUAUAAGUUGGGUGAGAGGAAUCUCUUUGAGAGAGCACUGUAAGUGCUAUUGCCAAGUAAAUAUCAUUUUGUAGGUAUAUGAGCAUUGAUUGUAACACAAUAGUUUUACAGACUAAUCAACUGUAAUGACAUUCUUAUUAUCAACUAAUGGUGAUGAGAGAAUGGCGCGUGGAAUGGAAGAAUAAAUUCUAUACGAUAUUAUAUAGAAAUCGAAAUAAUGAUGUACUCUGCGUUGAUACCACU